GGGCCAAAUAAGCCAUCCCACGCGCCCACGCGGCACGCACGCAACCCCUCCUCGUCACCGAUCGAGCUCGAGCACAAGCGCGUUUCGGCGAGCGAGACCACAGGACGCACCGGAACCCUAGCCAGCCAGCUCGUUUCCGUGGCCAUGGGGAAGGCUGACGCGAGACCCAGGGAGCACGGCAGUGGCGGCGGCGGCAACGGAAGCCCCGGGAAAAUCUUCGUCGGAGGGCUCCCGCGCGACACCACACCAGCCGUAUUUCAGAAGCAUUUUGGACAGUAUGGAGAGAUAAUUGAUUCAGUGAUAAUGAAGAAUAAGCACACAUCUCAACCAAGGGGUUUUGGCUUUAUUACUUAUGCUGACCCUGCUGUUGUUGAUCAUGUGAUGGAGGACAGCCAUGUCAUCAAUGGAAAGCAAGUCGAGAUUAAGAGAACCAUUCCAAAAGAUUCCAUGCAGUCCAACCCCAGGGAUUUCAAAACCAAAAAGAUAUUUGUUGGUGGCCUUCCCUCAACACUAACAGAAGUCUUCUAUAUGUUCUAUUGUUCAGAUGAUUUUAAGGAUUUCUUCGAAAAAUAUGGAACUGUGGUUGACCACCAAAUUAUGCGUGAUCAUCAAACAAGACGCUCCCGAGGCUUCGGAUUUGUAGUUUUUUGUUCUGAGCAAGUUGUAGAUGAUUUGUUAGCAAAUGGGAAUAUGAUUGAUCUUGCUGGUUCAAAGGUGGAGAUCAAGAAAGCAGAACCAAAGAAAUCCUCAAACCCACCACCAUCAGGUGGUAGUGAUUCUAGAUCAGCAUAUUCUAGGGAUUCUAGGGACCGUCCUUCUGGGAAUGACCAUGGUGGACUGGCUGGUGGUUAUAACAGCUUCAACGGUGGUGGAUUUGGUCCUUAUAGAAACCUUGGAGCUUUUGGUGGUAGUCUUGGUGGUCAUGGUGGGGUAGGUGAUUACCAUGGUCGAUACGGUCGUUACUAUGCAGGAUUAGGAGGCUACGAAGGCAUGUCUUCCUUUGGUUAUCCUAGCCGCUUUGCACCAUAUGGAGGAGGUUUUGAUGGACCUUAUGCUGGAGGGAACUUUAGUGGCUACAGGCGUGGUGGUGACGAGAGCUUUGGUGGCCCUGGUAGUUCUAGCUUUGGUGGCGGCAUGUAUGGUGGGCCAUAUGAUCCUGCACUAGGUGGUUAUGGACCUGGCAGCACACCUGACAUGAAUAGGGGAAGCUUUGGCGGUGCUUCAGGCCGAUACCACCCAUAUGGCUGAUAGCAAGAGUCCUUAAGGAUCAGUCCAGCAUAAUAUCCUCUACAAGGCUGCUAUUCUAUCUUGCGAUUGUAGCGCUUGGCAUGCUAGAACCCUGUGAUGGACGAACACACGUUAUUGUUCUGUAAGUUACUGCUAGUUGGUCUGAACUUUAGCUUUUAUUAGAUAUAUAUAUCAUGUAGUGGCCCUGAGUCAAGACAUAGACAUUGUAUUGAUGGUUUUGUUUUUUGGAUGAUAUAGAACUAUGGUGGUUGUGAUAGCUUAUAAAAUGUGACUGCAGAUUAUAUUGUAGUUACGAUGUAUUUCUGGGGUACCAAUCGUGUAGCACAUUAGGUCCUAGGGUGUCCAACUCCAAGCCCUUGAGACUUGCUCUCAGCGCUGUAUUGCAGUUUUAGCGUUUGUAAUGGUGAGCUGAAUUUUUCAGUUAUUUGGACAGCUCAAACAUUGUCUUUCACCUGUAAAUGGUCGAGUGUAUUCCGGUUGAUAACAAGCAUGUUUGGGCGGUA